AUGUCCCUAAACUUUCUGCCAGGGCAACCAAAUAACACAUUGAAGGCGGUUUGCCAAAGUACAUGGCAGGAUCACACCAUUUUAACUUACUGCUCCGGAAACAAUUUAAUUGUUCUGACCAAUCAUUUUACAAGGCUUCAAACCAUAUACCAUCCUUCAGAUUGUGUGGCAGUAGAUAUCAACCCAGCUAAUGGGCAUAUUGCUGUUGCUUUCAGUAAUACUGUUUGUAUUUACAAACCCCUGCAUCAAGUAAUGAAAAAUCCCAAAUGGGUCUUUUGUGCCAAGAUAUUCCACGAUGACUCGAAGGUCAAUACUCUAAGUUGGGGUUCAAAUAACGAGUUGGCGAUUGGCUCUGAUUAUCUGUCUUUUUGGAAGGUAAAGGAUGAAUUUGGAGAGUUUGAACCACAUCUGCUAUGGACUAAGAAGCAAUCUAAGGCGGUAUAUCUCUGUGUUUUAUCGGAAGAUUCUCAAAUUAUUGCAAGCGUUGGUAAAUACGACACAAAUGUCAAGAUAUGGAAACGUAUAUCAAUAAGCGGAGACCAAGAUAUUUUCGAUUUAACUUUAAUUUCUCACCCACAACCAGUGACCAUGCUUAGAUGGAAAAGGACUGGCAUAAUCUGUGAGAAAGAGAGAAGCUCUCAUAUUCUUUACUCUUUGUGCUCAGAUUCAAAACUUCGGGUAUGGACUUAUUAUGAGUCGGAUUCAAAGACUACUGUUCAGCAGUGGGGCGUUGUAAAUUUGAACAGAGAACGGGGUCAGAGAUUCUGCUCAAUUUUGGAUAGCUGGCUUGUUCAAAGAACCUUAGGACAGAGUCAUUCGGAGUACCUGGAAUAUCUAUCAAAGAAGAGCCCUGAUCUGGUUAUUAUAGCAGACGAAAAGGGUGAUCUUGAUUUUGUCUCUCUUGAGAACCUAUCUCAUGAUCCACCAAGGCUCAUGAGUCAACGAAAGCUCUUUUCAAGUACAAUGGAUUCUUCAUCAUUUGUGUACAAUCCCAAGUUUCUUUAUUUUCCAGAAUUACAGUUGUACGACGAUAAAUCAGGGCGCAUAUCAGUAGUGGUGCAUGAUGUUCAAGGUGUUCUUCGUCAUUCUUUGAUCGACUUAUCGACUCUGGUUGAUGUAAAAAAUCGCAAGCUAGGGUUAUUGGAGCAUAAAUUCACUGGACAUACAAAAUCUAUUCAAAAACUUUUCAGGAGUAGUGAUGGCGAGGCGAUAUUGACUACAUCCAGGUUUUCUGAGAAUUGUAUUUGGGUGCCACAGCAUUUGUCCAAAGGUAUAUCUCUUCGCAAAAAGAAUGUAAUAUGCUCCGAGUCACCAAUUAAAGACGCGGUAGUUCUGGAGAAAGGUGGUCUUGUUAUCGUUUUACUCGAUAACUUCAAAAUCCAGGUUUGGGAGUGCCCUACCGUCAACUCAACAAAAGGCUCGAAUUUAAAGGGUGAAUACUUGCUCAACCCUUCUAAAGGGUAUCCACUGCUAAUGCUCAAUACCCCCGAAAAAAAGCAUCGCCAUGAUCGUCAUUUUAUUGGUCUUAUAUUUGCAUCAGGAGAAACUCUUGGAUUUGAGAUUUCAUUUAGCGAAGGAAUUAGCCCGGUGACGUGCAACUCCAUAGACAUGGGUAAUGAAAAAGCCAUCUAUCUCAUAUCGUCGAUCGAUCCGGUAAAUUAUGGGUUUAACCCUGACAGGUCUCUUAUAUCGAUAAUGACUAGAGAAGGUAUUAUUACUACUUAUAAGGCUGCCGUGAAUGAAAAGGACGAUGUGAUUACGUGGAUUCGGACUUUUAAAGUCGAUACUGGUCUUGAAAACUCAUCUCUAAUCAGCGGCUCUUCAAUAGACAAAAUAUGCAUUGUCGACGGUUCUAACAAGCGCAUGACACUCUGGGAUUUGAAAAAAGCAUUUUUAGAGCACGAGGAAAACUUCGAGGAAAAUAUCGAGGAUAUUGACUGGACUAGUACAGAAUUUGGGCAAAGUAUCUUUUCAGUUGGGUUUGAAUACAAUGUUCUUCUUUUCACACAGCUACGUUAUGAUUACACCAGUAAAAAUCUGAGUUACCUACCUAUUGAGAACAUUGACGUGUCUCAACAUACAACUCACUCGAUAGGCGAUUCUAUAUGGUUGAAGGACGGUACCUUUGUAGUUGCAGCAGGCAAUCAGUUAUUCAUUAAAGAUAAAAGUCUGGAUUUGAAAGAUAAGUUUACUAAUCAGUCCAUUGGUUCGAGAAAAAUUCUUUCAAACGACAUUUUACAUUUGAGCAGUGUUUUAAAUGGCCCUUUACCUGUUUACCAUCCACAGCUGAUGAUUCAAGCUCUAUAUGCACAGAAAUUUCAGUUAGUUCGUGAGAUACUACUUCGAUUAUUUUUAAAGAUGAGAGACUUUGAGUUUAGAUCCUUGCCUAUAGCUGAAUUAGGAUCAACAUUAGAUCUAGAUUUUUCAAAAUUUAUUAGUUCCGAUGAAAACUAUCAAAUGGAUGAUUAUGCGGAGCCAUAUAAUUCAUUCAACAGUGCUGUUGCUGUUGCUCUAAGAGAGAAGCUGACCAGAACUGCUUUACCUUAUCUAACGAGACACCAACAAGUCACGUUGAUUACUGUCAUAGAGGCCAUCGAAGAGCUAGACAAAAACCAGAAGGUUGUUGACGCGAAUGGCAUAAUGUUCAUAUUGGGCACCAAGUUAUUGGGACCGCAUCGAACAACUCAGCGAACUGUGACUAUGAGAGAUGUGCUAUGGGCACUCUAUUCGAAUAACAGAAAGCUAUUAUAUUCUAUGCUAACUACAAAAAUAGAUUCCUGGGAUCGUGCUCAGGAAUAUAAAAUUGCAUACUGGGCUAGACAAGAUGACCUUCUUACUGCUUUCGAGAAUAUCGCCAAGUUUGAAUUCACAAAAAAUGAUAAAAGAGAUCCAGGUAAUUGUUCUAUUUUCUACCUUGCAUUAAGGAAAAAACAAAUUUUGAUAGGCCUAUGGAGGAUUAGCAUUGGGCAUAAAGAGCAACAGAAAAUGCUUAAGUUUUUGAAUAAUGACUUCAGUGAACCACGGUGGAGAACUGCUGCUCUCAAGAAUGCAUUCGUACUUUUGAGUAAACAUCGUUUCAUGGAUGCCGCAGGGUUUUUUCUUCUCGCUGGUUCCCUUAAAGAUUCAGUGAAUGUCAUUUUAAAGCAAAUUAAUGAUCUCGAUCUAGCAAUUGGAGUUUGUCGCGUUUACGAAGGAGAUUCUGGCCCUGUUUUAGAUAGCAUACUAACCACAUAUGUUUUGCCAAAUGCGGUCCUCAGCAACGAUAGAUGGUCGACUAGUUUUGUUUAUUACAAAUUGAAAAAGCCUGAUCUUUCAAUUAAGGCCCUCAUGAAAGCGCCAAUUGAUCUAGAAAAAAAUAUUGAUAUGAUUGAUAGUGAAAAGCGUAUCAACAAAUCUUUCCUAGUGGAAGAUCCUGUACUAUUAAUGCUUUACAUGCGUAUCCGAAAAUCAGAUCUCGGCUAUCUGAAAGCUUCCCUAGAAAUUGAGCCUCAAUUAGAGUAUAACACUGUCAGUCGUGUUUCUGGAAUUUAUAGAAGAAUGGGUUGUGAUUACCUGGCGCUCUCUUUGGUAACCAAUUGGGAGUUUAUGGAUAGAAAAAUGAUAUCAGAUAUCCAAAAAACUGACUCACUAGCCGGCGUACUAGCAGACUCGAAGCAAGCGUUAGCUGUUGAGCCAACUACAACUUCUAGAGUAAGAGAGAGUUUGUUUGAUAAAUUCGACAAAGAUUCAAAGAAUGCAGAUGAUAAAUCUCCUUUGAACCCACCCGCAAAGGGUAAUGGCGUCGCUUUUAGGCCCAAGAACUUACUAGAUCAAUUCGGUUUAUGUGAUAGCAAUACCGUCGGAGCCAACUCUCCAGUAGUUCAAAAUGAAAAUCAAGACUUAGCCCAUAGUAAUGGGCGGCCUAAAUCGGUUGAGGAGAGAAAUACUGGUAAAGAAAAUGAUCAUGCAUCUAAAGAAAGUCAUUCAAAGAAAAGUCUAAACUUACUAGAUCAAUUCAGUGGUACGCCAACCAACGGGGAGAUUAAAACGUCAAAAAAAUCGAACAAACCUAGAAAUCUACUUGAUGACUUUCUAUAG